CAACCCAGAGGAUGCUACAGCUGGAGCUGCUGAAGCGAUUCGCAUGAAAUGACACAAAAGAGGCGCAGAGAUGGCGGUUCGGUUCGGCGGAACACACUGAUGUAAAACCCUUGGCAUGAGUGAAACCGACCGGAGCGACAGAUGAGGUUCAUGUGCCAUGAGUUUAUCCAGCUAACGCGGGCCUGAAGGAGAGGAUGUGGCCUUUAGCUGUCAAGCUAAAGUAGUAGAAGCCCAUCAGCUGUUCGCAUUUCAGUGAGAGAAAAUGAUGUAGCUGGAUCUGAAGACAGAUAUUAGCGACAGCAUGAAUCUGAAGAAGUCUCGGAGUGUCGGAGCUGCUUCCCCGCUCAAUGGACUCGGAAAACAAGAUGCUGAGUCCAGACGGAAGAGGAAGGUGGCGGAGAUCACGCAGGCCCUGAACACGACGCCGGUGGAUGUGGCCGCUCUGAGACGCAUGGCCAUCAGUGAAGGAGGUCUGCUGAGCGACGAGAUCCGCCGGCAGGUGUGGCCCAGACUGCUCAACGUGUCUGUAGAAAACAUACCUGAACAGCUGGAGCCGGUCGAUCGAGACAAUAACAAGGACUUCAACCAAGUGCUUCUAGAUGUUCAGAGAUCCCUCAGGCGCUUCCCUCCAGGGAUGCCAGACGAGCAGCGGGAAGGCCUUCAGGAAGAGCUGAUCGAUAUUAUUCUGUGGGUGCUGGUGAAAAACCCACAGCUGCACUAUUACCAGGGUUACCAUGACAUCGUGGUGACCUUCCUGCUGGUGCUGGAGGAACGACUCGCCACUGCCCUGGUGGAGAAACUCUCCACUCACCACCUCAGGGACUUUAUGGACCCCACUAUGGACAACACCAAACACAUCCUGAACUACCUGAUGCCCAUAAUCGAGAGGGUCAACCCUGAAGUGUACGACUUCAUGCAGCAAGCCGAGGUCGGCACCAUUUUCGCUCUCAGCUGGCUCAUCACCUGGUUCGGACACGUACUGUCAGAUUUCCGUCAUGUGGUUCGGUUGUACGACUUCUUCCUGGCCUGCCAUCCCCUCAUGCCCAUCUACUUUGCUGCUGUGAUCGUGUUGCAUCGAGAGGAGGAGGUGUUGGACUGUGAGUGUGACAUGGCCAUGAUGCACCAUCUCCUGUCCCGUAUCCCAGAAGACCUGCCGUACGAGACGCUGAUCAGCCGCGCAGGAGAUCUGUUCGUUCAGUUCCCCCCGUCUGAGCUGGCCAGAGAGCGCAGUCAGCUGUGUACGUUAAGGAGGCAGCCUUAUCAGCGAUUCUAA